AUGUUCGGAAACCUCGACUUCGACCCCGAGUACGUCCCCGGCGUCAAGCUGGGCCUGCACAUCUUCCAGUUCAUCCUGUCCUUCGUUAUCUGGGGCUUGGAAAUUGCCGUUUUCAGAGCCGACAAUGCAAAGAUCGUAGGCAACAAUGGCUGGACUUUUGGAGUGUGCUUCCUCUCUAUUCCUGCGUGGAUAUACCUAAUUAUGGCGCCCCGUUGGCCGAGAACCCGAAAGCUUGCGAACCCCUACGCCAUGGUCAUCGUUGAUGCCGUCUUCACCAUCAUCUGGCUGUCCGCUUUCGCCAGUCAGGCUGCCUACAACACCGCCAACCAGUGCGGUGAUGCUUGCAACCUCAGCAAGGCCAUUGUCGGUCUUGGCGUUUUCGUGACCCUCUUGUUCGGCGUCAGCACCUUCGUCAGUCUCUACACCCUCAAGCACUACCAGUUCCACGGUAGUCUUCCGGGCUAUGACAAGCAGAAGAUCGCCGGCGACAACAUCGACCCCGAUAAGGCUGCUUUCUCUAUGGCCCCUCACGACGAGGAGGCUUACGCCCCUGUCAACAUGGACGACCACGCCGACGACCACCCCACCGCCGGCGCCGGUAGCAACUUUGGCAGCUACGGUGACCGCUACGGAAGCAACUCCGCCUACGGAGGUGUCAACUACGGCCCCGAGGACGACGACCCGAACCGCUACGGCUCUCUCCCCUCGCGCCAGAACGCCGCCAUGUUUGACAGCGAGACCGAGUACCACUCCCAGCAACCGCACCCGCACCCUACCGCCUCGCCUGCAAAUGACCCCUACUCCUCGUCUACUAUCCAGCCCUACACUGCCGCGCCCGCCUAUGAUGACGACAGGCCCGCUCAGUUCCCUGCUGCUAACUAUGACCGCACCUUGAGGUAA